UACAAAUACAGACGCGUGUAGAAACAAGCGCUCGAUGCAAUACAGACAAUACGGACAGUACAGUAUCACCUUAAAGAAAGAUGAAGUAUGUUAUAUUGCACGAGAACCGAUGCCGACUGGAGAUGAUCACGUUUUCACGUGGGUCGAACAAAAAGCCCAGAGACCUCUCAGUUGAUGAUGUGGAAACGCUCUUCGACAUGCGGACGAGGGCUCCCCCAGGGGGUACCGUGAACAAAGGCUUCAUGAAAUUAGAACGACAAGCGUUAGGGCAUAUUUACAAAUACAACCCCAUGUCUGACGAGGCCUUAGAACGGUUCUAUGAUAUGAUGGAGGAACAUUAUGGAACCGCUCUACAACUGGCACGAGACGCGUCACAGUUUGAGGAGGUUGCACCCCCUCCCCCCGUGCAGCGGUCUCCUUCGCCAGUCCCCACCAAUGAUAUGGCCCUUCUCAACCGAUCGAUGGCGCCUUCGUACUCGAUCACAUACUACAACGAGCGAGGCGCCAUUUUCAAAGCCGAAAUGGUAUAGCAAAAACAAAAGAGAUAUCUUCAUGUUCUAGAACGAAUUGGUAUUACAAAUAAAAAGAGAGACAUCUUCAUGUUUGAGAACGAAUUGGUGGUACCAAAAAAUAAAGUUCUUCUGGCACUGACCGAC